UGUCAUAUGACACACAGCAGCCACAAUACUAGUGUAUAACUGAUAUAGACUUAUGUAUUAUUACACUGUAAAAAGUGAUAAGUUGACUUAACUUAAAGAAAUUGAGGAAACCCGUUGCCUUAAAAUUUUUAAGUACAUGAUAAUUUUUUUUUUUUUUAAAGUGAAGUGAAUUGUCAAGUUCACUUAACUUUUUUUUUUUUAAUUAUUACCGGUAUUUACUUAAUAUUUUGGUAGUUCCGUUUUUAUUGGUUAUGCCUGUCUGGUUUGCCACAAUUUAUUACCAGCCCACCUGGUCCAUUUUUAGUGGUGGAAUUUGGCCAGAUCCGCCAUUUUUUUUAAACUUUUAUUCUAUGGCCUCCUACUGGUUGGAGGUGGUCACAUGAGUCAUAUAUCAAAGUUGUUUAUUUGUACCUGUCAUAUCCCGGAAAUCACCCAAAGUUUAUCGGAUUAUUUAAAUUCACUGGUACAAUCUAAUGGAAGACACCAGUACUGUCCACUGGAUGGCCCCUUAAAACUCACAAUCUGUAUUAAGACAUCCAGUAUUGUAAUAAUCAGCAUAUUGAUCAGUCUAUUGAUUACUUUUAUAACCAUACAUAAUAUUUUAAGUAAGAUAAUACUGUAUAUAAUAAUAUAAUAAUUAAUUAUAAAUAAUCCAAUUUAAAAUAGCAAUAUUAAUUGCAAGUUUACAUACUUGAGCAUGUUUUCUCAUGGUUUAUUGGUGAGCUAUGAGUUCCUCACUGAUUAUUUGUGUCCUUGUUUUUUUGUCGUGGUCGUGAAUGGGUGUCACUUGUUUUGCCUUGCUAAAGGUGGCAACCCUACGCUCGGACUGAGCGUUUUGGUUGGACAAACAUUUCUUGGUCCUACACCUUCCACAGAAUAUAUAAAUACAGAUAAAUACAUUUAGACCACUUAACUUAAUGAUUGCUAUCAGGAUGUGAAGAGAAUUUCAACCAGAAUAUAACAAAAAAUGUUUCUGAAGACAAUUGCCUAUGGCACCUUUAAUUAAACUUCACGGAAGUGCAAGUAAAAGAUCUACAUGCAUUAUACCUUCUCCCACGCUCCUGAAUUCCAACUUUGAGUUAUCCUUACACACACAAUACAGCAAACAAGUUUCAUUAACCGUACAAGGAGAAAUGACUAUGCGAGUGAUUUUGUUCAUUUUUCUUCCAUCAUUUUCUUAUUUCUGUACCAGUCAUGGCAAUAGAGCUUGAGGAACUUACAGCCAACUACACCAGAGUUAGAGAAAAUCUCCGCAUUAACAACAAGGAGUUUGAGAUGCUCCGCGACCAGCAUGAAGAGACACUUAGAAAGCUGAACAGAUUUAAUAACAGCACAGGUUGUGCACUUUGUUCUGUCCACUGGAUUCAUUCCGGGGGAAAGUGUUACUACUUCUCUGCGGUCAAAUUGAACUGGACACAGAGUCGAGAUCACUGUGUGACUCGAGGAGGACAUCUAGUGAUCAUAAACAGCAAAGCAGAGCAGGAUUUUGUUACCUCAAAAGUUAAAGGGACACACUGGAUUGGUCUUAAUGAUUUGGACACUGAGGGCCACUGGUUUUGGGUGAAUAACCAGCCACUUAACAAUUCAUUAGAAUUCUGGAUGAAACGAGAGAAAGGAAACAAUGAGCCCGAUAACUGGACUAAAGAUCACCCAGCCGGUGAAGACUGCACUUGUCUGGGUCACUCAUUGGGGGCAACUGAAUUCUGGAUGGAUGCUUUUUGUUUUGAAGAGAAAAGAUUUGUGUGUGAAGCUGCUGCAGCUGUUUAAUUCAAUACUCUUAAAUACCUCACACAAAAGUUAACAUUCUGUCACACAUGCGUUUUCAUGUCUUCCAAACAUGUCUUGUCAAUUUCUCAAUAUUUGACUUUAUAGCAUGCUGUAUAAAAUUGCCACAUGGGCCAAGAUUCUGAGACCCCUGGUCUUAAUCUAAUCUAAUGAAAUAUUAUCUAAUAGAAGAAGCACUGCAAAGACUGCAAAAAACAAGGCAUUAAAAUAUGUGUGAGAGUAUGUUGAGUGGUGUCGUGACUUUUAAACACUUCAAUGCUGGUCAAGUGCAUUUUCUCAUAAAUGCAAUAGUUCACACAAACACUUGAUGAAGAGUGUAGACUAUGAAUCAAAUGUCACAAUGAAAACACACCAAAUAAUUUAAUAAGAACUUUUUAUUACCUCAGGCCUAUUGGCACUAGCACUCUAUCCCAAAAAGCAAUUUGAACCCUAUAGGUUUAGUUUUGACUGUGGGCCAAUGCUGGUAAAUGUAACAACACCAUUCUGUGGGCAAAAAGCAUAUGUGUCGACUAAGAGUAUUAGUUGAGUGGACUUGUUCACAGAUUCAUUAAAAUGAUCCAAUUCAUACAAAUGGUAUGUGUGUCCAUUACUUAGGCUGACAGGUUUAACAGGUUUAAAACAGGAAGGGGCAAAAACCUUUUCACGGCA